AUGCACUUUCCGACUGCCGAGAUUGCCGUUGAGCCGCCUGUGCAGCGGCAGCGUUUAGAGGACGAGUCCGCGGAGGAGAAAUCGUUGAAGGAGCGUCUGCAGAACUCUUGGCCGCAAUUGAGCGUCGACAAUGACGGCGGGAAAGGCCCAUCGGUGUCGGCAAACGCUCUGUGGUCGAUACUGUUUGACCACGACCGAGCACACGAGCACUGCCAAACGGAGCGUUGGACGUUGCGCAGUCGCUUCGGUGCGCACAAUCGCUUUGCUCUCUGCGCCACCUUCCACUCCGUGGCCGUCGUCAGUGAUGUUGACCCGCCAAAGGAAGACUCUUUGCUGACACACGCGUGCGUGGUGAACUGGUCCAUCACGGACCACGAGAAGAAAAAGUACUACCGCUUCUGCGCCGCGGAUGACCGUGCACCAGCGCUCUUCUCGAUGAUGGUUGCCAAGAAAACGAUACAAAAUCAGCCUGCGAUGCUUCAGGCGAUGCUGGAGCAGUUUAAUAACGAGCGCCUGGUAUUGCCAGAUCAGCUGCUGGACGAGGCUGCUUCGACACGACUGACGGAGCUCGACGUCCAGUUCGGCAAGAACACACUGAAAGCAGCCGCGCCCGCCGUGAAUCGUGUGCAUCAGCCGCUUGUUCCGACAUACACCCUCCACCUCGAGGGGGUAAGCAACGAGCACGAGGAGGGCGACUUGUCAAAGGAGGUGCGCGCCGUUGUGGAUCUGACGUUCAUGCCUCGCAGUAUUCCGCCAGCUCUCGGUGGCACGCGUGGCAUCGUCUCCACCGGCAACUGGGAGGACGACGAGUUCUCCUACUCUCUUCACCACACUCGACUGCUAGGUGGCUCGCUCCGGGUGACACGCGCCACCGACAAUCUCGAGCUGGCGCGCGAAUUGGAGGUGAAUCGAGGCAGCGUUUGGGUGGAGCACAGCUUCGGUGGCGUGGUGCCUCGCAGCGUAGAAGAGGCACGCUUCGUGCGGGACCUCCGCCGCCGCCGUAUGGCUGAGGAGACGGAGCACAUGGUGCACGACCACUGCCUCAUUCGCCUACACGACAAGAUGACGCAGUGUUUCAGCAUUACUCGUGUUAUGUCAGCGGAGACGGGUGCCGUCAAGAAGUGCUACGCCACCGUGCAUUCCGCGGCGAGCAAGGAGGCCUUCCAGCACAACAGCGGCGUCGUCAUGACCGACGAGACGGACGAGUCCUAUAUGAGCACCGAAACGGGAGUCGUGUACCCGACGCGGUGGCGUGUCGAGUGCCCGACGAGCGACGGCUGUCGGGUAGAGCUACGGCUAGCGGCAACGCUGCCGAAUCAGGAGAUGAUCACGUGCCUUGCCCAGCCCAGCGAGUGGGAGGGUACCGUGACUGUGAUAGGCAAACUGAUCAUGGCCGACGGCAACGUCACAGAGGUGAGGGGGGACGGCUUCGUGACGAGCCGCGGACGCGGCAAGCUACACAUGGAAAAAGAUGUGUUCGGCAUGCUGCAUGGGCUGGGCUCUGCUGCGAUGAAACGGGCAGAGGUGGCGGCGGCGGGGUCGUGGGAGGCAAUCGCCGAAGGACCCGGCUUGGUCGCGCUAGCUGGACUCAAGGUGGCCCUCAAGAUGCAGCAGUUCGACUUGACGCCCUCUCAACAGGUGGUGUUGGCGGCGCUCUUGGGCACGUACGGCUACAUCUUUCAUCACCCUCAGGAGGUGGAGGAGGUGAAGAAGGCGUUGCACUGGUGCUACAACCGAUGGAUGACUUUUUACGGCGCUAGCGCGAUCAACUACCGGACCCUGACUCUUCGCGCUUUUAUCAUGCAGGAGCUUUGUGACGUGACUCACGCUAAGUGUGCCACCUGGAUCCAGAAGCGGGCCCAGGCCUUGGAUAUCGCGGUGCCGGUGUCCUACCUGUUCAACUCCGACGUGAUCGACAGCUGCGUCUUCUCGCUGCCGGCGCGCUCUGUACUACUGCAACCGCCCUCCAUGCUGGAGGUGGCACAGAUUAAGGCGCUCAUGGACGGCACCUGGAUCAUGGACCCGGAUGAGACGGAGGGCAGCAUGAACGCCGUCUUGCUCGAGCAGGGCGUCAACGUCUUGCUGCGCAGCGUGAACAGCAAGACGGUGCCGACCUGGGUUGUCCACGUGAACCACGAGAACAAGAUCGUGAUUGACGAGGUGACCAUGCUCGAGCGGCGGCACUUUGUCAUCGCACUCGACGGGACGGAGUGGGCAUGGGAGAGUGUCUCGCGCGGCUGGGUGAAGUCGCGCUCGUGCAUCUUGUCAGGAGGGCGCGAGCUGUAUGUGGAGACGGAGGUGCAAGAGGGAAUCGAGCGCGUCUGGUACCAGUUCCAGGACGGUGACAAGACAAUGGUACAGAACAUAUUCUACUUCACGAACCCGACGACGUCGAAGCCUGUGGCUUCGUGCAAGCGGCACUUUAAGAUACAGCUACCCCCUGGGUCUCCAACAUCGGCCAAGAAAUAG